CGCAUGCGCAGCGAGGGAACCACCACGACGCAGAAGGCGCUGCUCGGUGCGAGGCCUGGGCGCCGGGGCGGGCCCUCAGACUUGACGUUGCCUUAAAGAAAAUACUGGAAGAUGGCCACUGCGCAGUUGCAGAGAACGUCCAUGAGUGCAUUGGUAUUUCCCAAUAAGAUAUCAACUGAACAGCAGUCUUUGGUGUUAGUGAAGAGGCUUCUAGCAGUUUCAGUAUCCUGCAUCACCUAUUUGAGAGGAAUAUUUCCAGAAUGUGCUUACGGAACAAGAUAUCUAGAUGAUCUUUGUGUCAAAAUUCUGAGAGAAGAUAAAAAUUGUCCAGGAGCUACACAGUUAGUGAAGUGGAUGCUAGGAUGCUAUGAUGCCUUGCAAAAAAAAUAUCUAAGGAUGGUUGUUCUAGCUGUAUAUACCAAUCCUGAAGACCCUCAGACAAUUUCAGAAUGUUACCAGUUUAAAUUCAAGUAUACUGUCAAUGGACCAAUCAUGGACUUCAUAAGUAAAAACCAAACAAAUGAAUCUAGUAUGUCAUCUGCCGACACCAAGAAAGCAAGUAUUCUCCUCAUUCGCAAGAUAUAUAUUCUGAUGCAAAAUCUGGGGCCUCUACCUAAUGACGUUUGUUUGACCAUGAAACUGUUUUACUAUGAUGAAGUUACACCUCCAGAUUACCAGCCUCCUGGCUUUAAGGAUGGUGAUUGCGAAGGAGUGAUAUUUGAAGGGGAACCUAUGUACUUAAAUGUGGGAGAAGUCCCAACACCUUUUCACACCUUCAAAGUAAAAGUGACCACUGAGAAAGAACGAAUGGAAAAUAUUGAUUCAACCAUAUUAUCACCAAAACAUUUAAAAACACCACUUCAGAAAAUUCUCAUGGACAAAGAUGACCUAGGAAAUGAACAGGAGCAUUAUAUAAGUGAUGAUUCUGACAUUGAAACUAAAAUGGAAGGGCAGAGAAAAACCCCUGGAUAUUCUGAAACCAGAGAGCCAAGUUUAGUUUUUGAGGAAGAUGAAAUGAAAUUUAAAGAAAGUUCAGAUUUUUCUAUUUCUCAUUCUCAGGUUGAGCAGUUAGUCAGUAAAACAUCUGAACUUGAUGUGUCUGAAAGCAAAACAAGAAGUGGAAAAAUCUUUCAGAAUAAAAUGGCUAAUGGAAAUCAACCAAUAAAAUCUUCCAGAGAAAAUCGGAAGAGAAGUCACCUCGAAUCUGGGAAAACAGGCCUUCAUCACUUUGAUUCUUCUAGUCAAGAGUCAGUGCCAAAAAGAAGAAAGUUUAGUGAGCCAAAGGAACAUAUCUAAACAUUUUUUCUUCUGCACGUUUGCAAAGUUCUCAACAUUUAAACUAAGCAACACGAUAUUACUAUUUUAAAGGUGUGUUUGCCGUGCCUAUGAAAAUUCAUAUGUAGUCUUAAGCAGUUCGUACACUAAAAUGAAUCUUAGCUUCACACUGUCAUCCUCAGCUGAGACAAAGCAACACUGUUACAGUUGGUCUUGUUUGUUACCUGCUCCAUCCCCAUCAUCUAUCUUCCAUGGUGAUGGAUACUUCCUUUAAACAUACAAAAAUUGUAUGGUCCUAUGAAGUCAUUUUUUGAAAUGAAUAAUGUUUAUUGUGGUAUUAAAUUUUGGAGAAGUUCACCUUUUACUUAUGUUAAAGCUGUCAUUUAACUGUGGUUGUCGUUUUACUGUUUUAGCAAUAUUUUCCGUACUUUGAUGUAAUAGAUUAACAUGCUAAUACAUAAUGUAAAAUUAAAAAUUGGUACGUUGCCUUUUUAAAAAAACGUUUUUACAACAGGACAAAACUGAUUUUUUGAAGUCUGGCAUUUUGGGCAGCAUAAAUAAAAUGUGUUUAGCAUCUAGACUCUU